AUGACUACAGAAUUUGAAGAAAAGAAAAGACCAUCGAGUCCUCCAAUAGAAGAAAAUGGAACAAAUAAAGAAUUAAAUAAUAAUUCAAAUCAAGACAAGUUUAAGAAAUCCAAAAAAUCAAAAUUAAAAAGAUAUAGACCAAAACCAACAGAUCAAACAAGUCCAUUAGGUGUAUUGGAUUUUGAAAUUAAACAUUUAUGUCAAGAACACAAUAUCUCAUUAGAUGACAUAAAAAAUGAUCUAACUGGAAUUUUAAAUGAUAAAUUAAUUGAGGAAAAAUAUCAUAGAAUAGUUGAAAAUGUUAAAAUAUUACAAUUUUUAUCAAAUGGUGAAGGUAUAGCACUUAUACCUCAUAUUGAACUGGAUAAAAAAUAUCAAGUUGUUCUUGUACCAUUUGGAAUCCCAGGAGAUAUAGUCACAAUAAAGAUUUUCAAAACUCAUCCAUUAUACGCAGAAUCAGAUUUAUUAUCAAUUGAAAGUAAUUCAAAUAUUCGAAACGAUUCAUUAAUUCAAUGUAGAUAUUUUGGUAAAUGUUCAGGAUGUCAGUUUCAAGAUAUAUCAUACGAAGAACAACUUAAUAUAAAAAGAACAACGAUUAUAAAUGCAUAUAAACAUUUUGCUCCAAAAUUAACUGAAUUAGGCUUAUUACCAGAAGUUUCAAAAUGUCAAGGUUCACCAUUACAAUAUAAUUAUAGAACUAAAUUAACUCCACAUUUUAACAUACCGACCAAGAAAACUGGUGCUGAUUUAGAAGAAAGACCUAAUUUUGGAUUUGGUUCAAAAGGUAGACCCACUUGGAGAAAAAAUACUGAUUUUGGACCAAGUGGAGCUAUAAUGGAUAUUGAAGAGUGUAAAAUUGGAACAGAAAUUGUAAAUAUAGGAUUGAAAAACGAACGUAUUAGACUAGAUAAAACUUACAAAAAUUACAAGAAAGGAGCAACAAUAUUACUAAGAGAGAACACGAAGAUAAAGACGGAAAAUUUUGAAUUAGAUGAAGCAUCAAAAGAUAUAAAUGAUAAAAUUUCAAAUAUUGAAAUUGCAGAACAAGAUGAAACUAUUGUCAAAACUUGCGUAACGAAUUCAAGACAAGUUGUUCAAGAAAUAAUAGGUGGAUACAGAUUUGAGUUUUCAGCAGGUGAAUUUUUUCAAAAUAAUAAUUCAAUAUUACCAUUAGUAACAUCAUACGUUAAAGAAAAUUUACUACAAGGGACCAACAAUUAUCUAGUUGAUGCAUAUUGUGGAUCAGGUUUAUUUUCAAUCACAUGUUCAGAAAAUGUUUCAAAAGUUAUUGGAGUUGAAGUAAGUGCAGAUUCAGUAAAUUUUGCACGUCACAAUGCAAACCUAAAUAACAUUAAAAAUGCAAAAUUUAUAGUUGGUAAAGCAGAAGAAAUUUUUAAAGAUAUAGAUACACCAUCACAACAAACAUCAGUAAUAUUAGAUCCACCAAGAAAAGGUUGUGAUGAUGUAUUUUUAAACCAACUAAGUUCAUAUAAUCCUGCUAAAAUAGUUUAUGUUUCUUGUAAUGUACAUUCUCAAGCAAGAGAUGUUGAAUGGUUUUUAAAUCAUACUACUAAUGGUUAUAAAUAUAUGGUUGAAAGUAUUAAAGGAUUUGAUUUUUUCCCUCAAACUCAUCAUAUUGAGUCAGUAGCUGUAUUAAGCUUGAAAGAGAACGAAGAAGCAAAUUGA